CAGCGAGCAAAGAUAGUUGGGGUUUAGUCUGAUUCGAGAGUGGACAACAGCAUCGCCUUCCCAACAGCAUUGCCUUCUUGGUUGCACUUUUCUCUCGCCUUUCCUAGCUGCUCCAGUGAGCUUGGAAGGAUAUCUCCUGCUUUGUCUUUUUCACGCCACUCGCGUGUACUCCGUUGACGGCGUACUUUCACUGUUUUCUACGACCAUCGAGAACUCCAAUCCUUAAUUUCGCAGGGUGAUUUUUAAAAUUCUUAGAAAACACCUAUCUCCAGCAAUAGGCAUGUUCGUCCAGAUGCUGCUCUACCUUUCACGUGCUCUCGGCCUAGAACCACCGCACGCAACGCUGAUCAGCCCGAAGGGUCCAGCGCACAGCCUAAGGUGGGAUUUCCAGGUCACCUUCGGUUCUAAGACUUACCGCGGCUGCGAAGAAACCUACCGGGGGAUUCUGGACUCCAUAAAUAAAGAGGGCACGGAGGAAGCACCGUCCAAGGUUCCGAACGUCCCGAUGAGUCGUAAGAAAAAAGACAUGGAGUUGGUAGCUUACCGGGCAGCGUUUCUAGAUGCUAUUUUGGGGAAUGUUUCCUUUCCUGACGCGCAGCCACCUGCGGACGCCGAUCGCGUGGCAGAAUUGGCGAAAGAAAUAGCAAAAGCCGAGGCGAAAGGCGUGUUACAGGUCGACUGCGUCCGCAUGUUACAAGGCCCGCCGGUCUACACUUCAAUCGUGGAGGGACCUUCUCACGGCCCUACUUUCACCACCACCGUCGAUUUACCCCCCGAUUGGGGUACUUUCACGGGCGUCCCCUGUCAGUCGAAAGUUUUAGCUGAAAAGAGUGCGGCGUUUGAGGCAUGGUGGGGUGUUUUCGUGGUGGGACCGUGCGAGUGAGGUGGGGGUCGGGUACGGGUUUGGCUGGUGAAGCGGCGGCGGAAGGGGUGCGGGAAAGUGAACCAGCAGCAGCAGCUGAGGCAGCAGCAGCAGGAGCAGCAGGAGCAGCUGAGGCAGCAGCUGUGCAGAAGAGGCAGCAGCAGCGGCAGCAGCAGCAGCAACAGCAGCAGCAGCAGCAGCGGAGGCAUUGGCUGGGUUGUCCGUGGCGUCAGGAGUUAUGGAUCGCGGGGGGGGGGGGCAGCAGAGGGGAGCGGAGGGUACCUCGGGAAACAGAGGAGUCCAACACAGGGUUGCAGGGGAACCCAAGGAAAAUGCCCUUCUGGUUGUGUAGGGGAAGGUGCACAGUGGGGAUUGCCGCUGGAGGUUUGAGAUCAAGCACGGGACUCGGUCCAGCAGCGAGUGUGACUGUACGGAAUCAACGUUGUAGUGGUGGCGGCCUGCAGGGGCGGCUGCUCCAGGGGUGGGCUGCUGUAGGGACGGCUGCUGCAGAGGCGGCUGCUGCAGGGGCGGCUGCUGCAGGGGCGGCUGCUGCAGGGGCGGCUGCUGCAGGGGCGGCUGCUGCAGGGGUGGCUGCUGCAGGGGUGGCUGCUGUAGGGGUGGCUGCCGUAGGGGUGGCUGCCGUAGGGGUGGCUGCACGAGGUGGCGGGGAUUGCACUUGGAGGCUUGACAUAAAGCACGGGAUUUGGUCAAGCAGCGAGUGUGACUAUAUGGAAGCACUGUACCGGUGGAUGCAAGUAGUGGGCUGGGCCUUCAGACACAUGAUCCAGAACGGGUGUGAGUUACAUGAGCUUCGUUGUGCAGCUAUGGGGAGGAGCAUCGGUCCUCGCGAUUGGUUAGCCACUUCCAUUGUCCUCUCUAUCGUUUUCCUUCUCUCCCCCUCCCACCCACCCUCUCCCCUCCCCUCCCCUCCCCCCCCCCCCACAAUUCUAACCCCCAGAACCCCUUCUUGUUUUCACAACCAAACUUCCACCAAUCCAACAAUGCUCGCACGAUCGAUGCUCCUCCCUGGCAGUUGCCCAGCAAUGUAGGGUAGCUUCUUACUCUCUAAUAUUUCUUGGCUUUCAGUUUGUAGGAGUUUGUCCUAACAUACCUGCCAGUUUGCUACCCUAAAUUGGUUCAGUCCAUUCGAGACCAUUGUGUUUCACAUGCUCACCUGUUAUUAGUGUUGAUUGCUAUAAUGUG